GUUUCAAACUUUUUAGCCCGAUUUCAGUCACCGCCUCAUAUCCUCGAAUUAGAUCAUCUCAUAGUUACUGGUGAUGUAACAUUUGGUGCUGGUGUACAACUUAAAGGAACAGUCAUAAUUGUCGCGAAUCAUGGCGCUAGAAUCGAUAUUCCACCAAACUCUGUGCUUGAGAAUAAGGUCGUAAGUGGAAACUUGAGGUAA